GUUUAAGAAGGAACUGCAGAUGCUGGAAAACAGGGCCUGAAGAAGGGUUUCGGCCCGAAACGUCACCUAUUUCCUUCACGCCAUAGAUGCUGCUGCACCCGCUGAGUUUCUCCUGCAUUUUUGUGUACCUCCGGAGAAUCGGCGGCGGGUAGGAGCGGGGAUCCGGGCGCGGGAUCAGUCAGCACCGAGGCCCGGCCUGAGGAGCGGCCCCCGGCUGCGGGGAGAAUCGGUGCGGUCCCCGGCGGCGUGAGCACAUCGAAUGCACGGAUUGACCGGUGAGAGGAAGGGUCCCGAUCCGGACAGACCUUUACCUGUUUUUAUGGUCAACUCUUUUUACAGGAUAGAAAAAGUAGAGGAUUGAUGUUCAGGAAUCUCAAACUAGUUUAUUUCACCUGCGCCUGAACGUGUGGGAGGAUUCACUGCGUCAGCUGAUCCGCCCGGACGCCAGACAGGUCACAGCAUGGAGAAAUUACUGGCCAGCUCUGAGUGUGGGCAGGGAUUAAACCAAUCUUCCCACCUGUUGACCCGACAGCAAGUUCACACUGUGGAGAAACCGUUUACUUGUCCCGAUUGUGGGAAGGGAUUCUCUCAAGCUAGCGAGCUAAAGUGGCACCAGCAGAUUCACACCGGGCAGAGGCUGCCAACACGUCCGCGAGUUCAAACCGGUGAGAGGCCAUUUAACUGCUCCGAGUGUGGGAAGGCAUUCACACAUUCUCGCAACCUGAGGAAUCACGAGCAGGUUCACGCUGCAGAGAAGCCGCUUACAUGUCCAGAUUGUGGGAAGGGGUUCACUCAAUCGUACCUACUGAAGAGACACCAGAAAAUUCACACAGGAGAGAGGCCGUUCACUUGCUCUGAGUGUGGGAAGGGAUUCAUUGAAUCAUAUGCGUUACAGAUACAUCAGCGGAUUCACACUGGAGAGAGGCCAUUCACCUGCUCUGAAUGUGGGAAGGGAUUUACUUGUUCAUCUCAGUUGCUGCUACACCAGAGAAUUCACACGGGGGAGAGGCCGUUUUUCUGCUCUGAGUGUGGGAAGAGAUUCAUUGAUUCGUAUGCGUUACAGAUACACCAGCGCAUUCACACUGGAGAGAGGCCGUUCACCUGCUCUGAUUGUGGGAAGGGAUUUACUCGUUCAUCUGAGUUACUGAGACACCAGAGAAUUCACAUAGAGGAGAGGCCGUUCACCUGCUCCGAGUGCGGGAAGGGAUUCAGCCAAUCUUCCAAACUGGUGUCCCACCAGCGAGUUCACACUGCGGAGAAACCAUUUGCCUGUCCCGAUUGUGGGAAGGGAUUCACUGUAGCAAGUAACCUGAAGACCCACCAGCGAAUUCACACCGGGGAGAGGCCGUUCACCUGCUCCGAGUGUGGGCAGGGAUUUGCUCACUCCUUUGCGUUGGUGGUGCAUGAGAGAAUUCACACGGGGGAGAGGCCGUUCACCUGCUCCGAGUGCGGGAUGGGAUUCACCCAAUCUUGCAACCUGGUAUCCCACCAGCGAGUUCACACUGCGGAGAAACCAUUUGUCUGUCCCGAUUGUGGGAAGGAAUUCGCUCAAUCAUCAACUUUACGAAAACAUCUCAACGUUCACCCUGGGAAGAGACCGUUCACCUGCUCUGAGUGUGGGAAGGGAUUCACUCAGGCAUCUGUGUUCCUGACACACCAGAGAAUUCACUCUGGAGAACGGCCGUUCACCUGCUCCGAGUGUGGGAAGGGGUUCACUCAGUCGUCUGUGUUACUGAUACACCAGAGAAUUCACUCUGGAGAGCGUCCGUUCACCUGCUCUGAGUGUGGGAAGGGAUUCUCCCAGUCAUCUGCGUUACUGGGACACCAGAGAAUUCACUCAGGGGAGAGGCCGUUCACCUGCUCUGAGUGUGGGAAGAAAUUCACUCAAUCUUCUAACCUGAAGACCCACCAGCGACUUCACGCUGUGGAGAAACCAUUUGCCUCUCCAAACCAUGGGUAGGGUUUCACCAGUAAGCCUAACCGGGUAACCCCCCACCAGAGAAUUCAUGCUGGGGAGAGAGCAUUCACCUGUCUAGUGUGUGGGCUGGGAUUUAAUCGAAUAUCUGAACGAUUGAUACACCAGCUUGUUCACACUGGGGGAGAAAAUUUAAAUACGUUUCUGGUUCAUUUAGAGGUACAGUGCGGAAACAGGCCCUUCGGACAACCGGGUCUGCGCCGACCAGCAAUUCUCGCAUAUUAACACUAUCAGUGAAAAUUAUUAAAUGCUUUUAAAUAUAUAAAAGAUACAUAGUAGAAUACUUGACUAGGUUGUAGCUUAUAUUUUCAUCUCAAGCAGGCUUCCUCCGGUGGAUUAAUAAGAGAAAGAGACAAGCCCGGGAUUGUCUCAGAUUGUUGUGUAUUGAGACAAUGACCUGUGCUGUUGAAAUGUGUCUAUCAAUUGAAACAUAGAAAAUAUGAUCAUGGCUGAUCGUCCCCUAUCAAUAACCCGUGCCUGCCUUCUCCCCAUAAUCCCUUGACUACACUAGCCCCUAGAGCUCUAUCUAACUCCCUCUUAAAUCCAUCCAGUGCCUUGGCCUCCACUGCCCUCUGUGCCAAGGAAUUCCAUUAAUUACCAACUCUCUGGGUGAAAAUGUUUUUUCUCACCUCAGUCUUAAAUGACCUCCCCUUUAUUCUAAGACUGUGUGUGGCCCCUGGUUCUGGACUCGCCCAACAUUGUGAACUUUUUUCCUGCAUCUAGCUUGUCCAGUCCUUUUAUAAUUUUAUAUGUUUCUAUAAGAUUACCCCUCAUCCUUCUAAACUCCAGUGAAUACAAGCCUAGUCUUUUCAAUCUUUCCUCAUAUGACAAUCCCGCCAUCCCAGGGAUCAAUCACGUGAACCUACGCUGCACCGCCUCAUUCAUAAGGAUGUCCUUCCUCAAAUUAGGAUACCAAAACUGUACACAACACUCCAAGAUGUGGUCUCACCAGAACCCUAUACAACUGCAGAAGAACCUCUUUACUCCUAUACUGAAGUCCUCUUGUUAUGAAGGCCAACAAUCCAUUACCUUUCUUCACUGCCUGCUGAUGAGGAAAACAUUUUUCACACAGAGAGUGGUGAAUCUCGGGAAUUCUCUGCCACAGAAGAUAGUUGAGGCCAGUUCAUUGGCUAUAUUUAAGAGGGAGUUAGAUGUGGCCCUUGUGGCUAAAGGGAUCAGGGGGUAUGGAGAGAAGGCAGGUAUAGGAUACCGAGUUGGAUGAUCAGCCAUGAUCAUAUUGAAUGGCGGUGCAGGCUCGAAGGGCCGAAUGGCCUACUCCUGCACCUAUUUUCUAUGUUUUACCUGUAAGCCAACUUUCAGUGACCGGUGUACAAGGACGCCCAGGUCUCGCAGCACCUCCCCCUUACCUAACCUAACCCCUUCUAGUUUGACUCCUCCCAUUUCCUCCAAAUACAAGGCGUAGCUAUGGGCACGCACAUGGGCCCCAGCUACGCCUGCCUCUUUGUCGGUUACGUCGAACAAUCCUUGUUCGAGGCGUACCAUGGCCCCAUCCCCAACCUCUACCUCCAUUACAUCGACGACUGCUUUGGUGCCAUCUCCUGCACCCACACAUAACUGACUGACUUCAUCCGCUUCACCACCAACUUCCAACCGGCACUCAAAUAUACCUGGACCAUUACCGACACUUCCCUACCAUUCCUUGACCUCACUAUCUCCAUCGCAGGUGAUAGACUUCUGACCGACAUCCACUACAAACGCACUGACUCCCAUGGCUAUCUUGACUAUUCGUCCUGCUACCCUGCUUCCUGUAAGUACUCCAUCCGCUAUUCCCAAUUCCUCCCUCUACGCCGCAUCUGCUCCCAGGAUGAGGUGUUCCACACCAAGGCAUCGCAAAUGUCCUCAAUCUUCAGGGAACGGGGUUUCCCCUCCCCCACUAUAGUUGAGGCUCGCACCAGGGUCUCCUCCAUACCCUGCAACACCGCUCUCUCCCCAUCCCCCCCACUCGCAACAAGUCCCCCUGGUCCUCACCUUUCACCCCACUAGCCGGCACAUACAACAAAUAGUCCUCUGUCAGUUUUGCCACCUCCAA